AGAAGAAGAAGACGGCGUGUUAUUAGCUCCAAAAAGAAAGUGCCUAGAAGAGAAAAUCGAUAUGGAGACGUUGAGCGAGUCGGCUUUGAUGAGUCUCCUCGCGAAGGAGGCGAGGGCAAAGGCGCGGGCGAGGGCAAGGGCAAGAACCAAAGAAAAGAAGCACAACUAUUGCACUAGUAGUUAUAAUAGUAAUAAAAUUAGGUCGAAUUAUAAUAUGGGAAAAUGCGCAGGUUGGAGCUCUCAGAUCUCGAACCAACUCUUCAGAACAGUAACGAGCCACCUUGAUCAAGAUCAAACUCUAAGAUCCCCAAACUUGGUCGGGGAAAUUAGCCAGGAGAAAGAAGCUGGCCUUUUUCGGAUGAGGUCUAAUGCUCGUAAAGAUGAUGAUGAUGAUGAUCAAGAAGAGCCUAGUGUUGUGAUGAUCAAGAGGAACAAGUUGAAGUUUCCUUUGAUUUCUAGCGGUACUUAUGAUCACCAUCAGGGACAGUUUUGUGGGAUCUCAAAAGGUGAAUCUUCGAACAGCGCUAUGAUCUACUCUUCUCCAAGCUUAUUAUUGACUCAAAAUUGGGACAACAACAACAGCAACAAUAUCAGUACGGCCUCUCCACACUCGUCCAGCUUUUGCUUGCCGACGUGAAUCUUUCAAAGCUAAGAAGAUCAAAUCUGUGGCCAAGACUUGAGAGGGGAGAUUCAUGAUCAGAUACACAAGGUUCGAA